AUGGGCAACUUGCCUUCCUCCACAUCCACAGAGCCCCUGGCUCCUGGCAAGCACCGCAACCUCUCUACAAUCUCCCUUCCUCCCACCAUCCCCCGUCGCCACAACAUGAAGGACGCCGAGCGCAAAGAAAUCUUCCCCAUCUCUGACGAAGGUGCGCCGCCACUGCCCGGCCGCCGGGGCUCGAUAGGCUUCUUCCGGGGCAAACGAGCCAGGGCACCAAUGACCCUGGAUCACAACCAGCUCUUCCAGAACCUCCAAAACCUCCAGAACCUCCAGAACCUCGAUUUGACCCAUUGUUCCUGGCAAAACUACCACUAUCUUUCCGACUCUUCUAAUCCUAAUUCCAAUCUCAACUCGCUCUCGACCACGCCCACAACUGCUGCCACCACCCCCGCCCUUACCGCCGCUGCAACCCCCACCACCCCCGUCGGCCCCCAAUACUACUCCCUUCAAUACCAGCAAUCACGGUCGCCACAACCAGCAAGCCCUGUUGCAGUCUCAAUACAGGACUACCAUCCAAAACAGGAGCAGAAGCUCGCCACGUUUAUGAAGCGUAACCUUCUCCCUCCACACACCCUUCUCACCCCGACCAGCCUCUGGUCGUUAUCGUCUGUUCCCAACUCUGCCUCUUCCUCACCGACUGUCGAUUGCUGCUCCAAUACCUGUCUUCAGAUCAUACCAGAACAGCAACAACCACAGCAGCAGCCACCUCCACCACAGCAACAGACAUAUGAUGAUCAACGGCUACCGCAAUCGUACCAUCAGUCUCACUUCAACCACCAAAAUAGCCACAGCAGUGCCUGUGAUCACCGCCCAGCAAUGGAACACCACUCGAGUUUGGAUUCUAUACCCUCGACUCACGAUGUUCCAACUCUUUACACGGUCGAGCAACACAUCACCCGCGCGCUCUGCAAAGGCCAAAACUACUCUGCACCCCUCGACUUUUCCAAGCAAGCGUCGCAUGCAGCUCUGCAAGGACAGACAUAUAAUGACUUCGAGCCCAACGACACGGAGACUGCCACGUGCAACCGCGAUCUCGUCUCCAGUGAUAUGCACGACACCCACCCCGUCCGACCCUCGUCCUCCGUCUCCUCUAUGGCCACGCUCGAUCCACAAACAGCCGCCUCCGUUUUGGACAAGGGCAACGAACGGUCGCUUGUGAUCCUCUCCGUUGGUUGCGGAAACACCCAAUGGGCUACAGAGAUGGCGCUGGCCCACCCACACUCCGCCAUCCAUGCGAUUAAUGUCAGCCAGAUCUCGACUCUCCCUGCAGUCCCAGAAACUACACCCAGCUUUGACCUCGAUAACUUGUUCUUUUACAACCUCGACGACAACUCGCUCCGUGUUCCCUUUGUUUCCAACUCGGUUGAUUAUAUCCACGUGCGCCGGUUUUUGCCCAAUGUCAGCAAGGCAAAGUACUUGGCCUUCUUGCGCGAGUUGGUCAGAGUGUUGAAGGUGGACGGGUACCUGGAGCUGGUUGAGCUGGAUUUGCGCCUCCGAGACUCUGGUGUUGACAGCUGCUGGCCUAGUUACUGGACCCUAAUCGGGUUCGACAAGAUGGGGAUCGAUGCCUCGCUUGCUCUGAACCUGGCCGGGAUCAUGAGGACAAUGCCCGGAAUGGAAGUGAGCCACAAGUCGUGUGUGCAUAUGCCAGUGGGCAUUCAUGGUGGUCGAAUUGGACUGACGGCCGAAUUGCUGUGCUGGCGGUUUGCGUUGACGGUGCGCCCUUGGCUGAUGCGACAGGCGAUGCUGUCGGGGGCUGAAUUUGACGAUCUGCUGGAGCGUGCUCGUCAGGAGACCCGUACCCUGAAGAGCUACCAAGCCUUCCAUAUUGCCGUUGGGCGCAAGACCGCAGCGGGUGGAGUACGCGCUUCUGCCUGCACAAAUGCCAUUGGUCUCGUUCAAGACGAAUCGGCCUCGUCCUUUGAUCCUUGA